CUGCUUCAUUCCCAUCAUCAUCGCUCUCCACCGACGCAGCCGCCGCACACGAUGGACGCAGAGAAAACACACGACGCGGUCGACCUGUCGCACCACCUCUCCGACCUCGCCAAGGCCCGCAAGAUGUCGCCGCUCAAGGGCCUGCAGAAGUACAUGGGGCGAGAGCACAUGAUAGCGUUCGCUGGCGGACUCCCGAGCCCGGACUACUUCCCCUUCGCGGCCGUCGGCGGCGACGCCCUCGUCGCCGACUCGUUCGCCCUCGCGCCGCCGCCGCCGCCCUCUCCGUCUCCGUCUCCGUCGCCCCUCGCGUGGCUCUGGCGCCUCCUCGGCAGCGCGCCGCGCGCGGAGCGCACUGCGCGCAUCGCCGUGCCCAAGGCCCCGCGCGCGGGCGACGGCGGGCUGAACCUCGCGACGGCGCUGCAGUACGGCCCCGCGACGGGCAUGCCCGCGCUGCAGGCCUUCGUGCAGGCCUUCUCCGCGCGCGUCUUCCGCCCCGCACACGCGGGCUUCGCGACGCUCGUGCACACGGGCAACACCGACGGCUGGUCGCGCUGCGUGAUGACGCUGUGUAAUCCCGGGGACACGAUUAUCGCGGAGGAGUGGACGUAUCCGUCUGCGCUGGCGAGUGCGGGCCCUGUGGGUGUGGGCGUGUUGCCUGUUGCGAUGGACGGGGAGGGCAUGCGUGCGGAUAGUUUGAGGGAGCUGCUGGAGGGGUGGGAUGUGAGCAGGGGCCGCCGCCCGCACGUCAUGUACACCGUCCCCGUCGGCCAGAACCCCUGUGGCGCGACGAUGCAGCUCGCGCGCAAGAAGCAGAUCUACGACAUCUGCGUGGAGUUCGACGUCGUCAUCGUCGAGGACGACCCGUAUUUCUUCCUGCAGGUCGACGAGUACGUGCCCAAGGCGGACCGCAAGGCCGCGCCUGAGGCGUCCGCGCAGGACGAGGUGUCGCACUUCAUCGACAGCCUCGCGCCGAGCUACCUGCGGGUCGACUACCAAGGGCGCGUCAUACGCCUCGACACGUUCUCCAAGACGAUCGCGCCCGGCGUACGACUCGGGUGGUUCACCUGCAACCCCAUGUUCGCGGAGCGCCUCGAGCGCCAGGGCGAAACGUCGACGCAGUCGCCAUGCGGGCUCGGCCAGGCCCUCGUCACGAAGCUGCUCUCCACAUGGAAAUACGAAGGCUACAUCCGCUGGCUGCGAGGGCUGCGCAUGCAGUAUCAGCUCCGGCGGGACCUGUUUGUCGAUCUGCUCGCGGAGGAGUUCGAGCUCGUGCAGGCGCCGGGCACGCGUGCGCAGGGCGCGUGGCACGGGCGCGCGGUGUACACCGCGUACCCCAAGGCCCCUGCGCCCGCGCGGGGGCGGGCGCUGCUGUCGUUCGGGGAGAAGGCGGGCGGCGGCGCGGUGCGUAAGCCGCUGUUUAGCUUCGUCCCGCCCGCGGCGGGGAUGUUCGUGUGGGUGAAGCUGCACUUUGCCGGCCUCGCGCGGCGGCGCGGCGGCGGCGACGAGGAUGACGGUGAGGAGACGACGCAGGAGAUGCGGUUGUGGACUGCGCUUGCGGAGGCGGGGGUGUUGACUGCGCCCGGGUGGUUCUUUGCUGCGGACCAGGAGGACGCGCCGACGGAUCCGGAUGUGGAGGGACACAUGCGGAUGAGCUUUAGCAGUGCGGAGCCGGAGGACAUGAGGAAGGGCGUCGCGAUUUUUGCGAAGACGUUGAAGGAGUUCUUUAGGGAGUAGGCGGGUGGGCGUCGGUGGGAUUUAUAGAGGUGGGGUCGUGUCGGGGUUCUUGUGCAUGUACGCUUGCGAUAGACAGGGUGUUUCUGUUUGCUCG